UGAUUCAGUGCGAAUCAGUGAACUGCAACUGUGGAGUUCUCAUUCACUUACAGAGGAUGCUCUCCCCACCGACGUGAUCAACAUGGUUUUAUUGAACUCCCGUGAUUUGCUUAGCGGAACUCCACCAAAUGCUUCUUCGUUACGAAUGGAUCGUUUUCUGUCGCAGAAUUAAAGGCGCAUUUUGAGAGUAAUGGAAUCAGUUCCCCUACCGAGUCGCACUUUGAGAAGAGGCUGAACAAGUGGAAUGCAAGCGGGACGCCUUCCGACAUCAUAGCUCAUCACAAUGGAGGGGACAUUGCCUACAUUUGGGAACACAAAUAACUGGAAGGAUCCUUAAGAAGGUGGCUGAUGACCUGAAAGAUUGGCAGAACCCAAUUGGAAGCAGUGUGUAAAAAAUACAUCUAGACACACCCACGUCCGAGAAUGAGGAUCAAAUACACAAUACCCAUUGUCUUCUUCGUGGCACUUGUUAUCAUUGAGAAGGAAAACAGGAUCAUCUCGAGGGUGUCAGAUAAGCUCAACCUGAAGCAGACUCCCCAAACUCCUCUACAGCCUGGUGCUUUCUCCCGCUUAGCACUGAAGCACAAUGUGUCCUUCCCCGCACUCAGCAAAGACUUCAAGGUGAUGAAGCGGCGCCUAGAGAACUACAGCGAACACCAGGACGUACCAACAAAAGGAAGGAAACAUGUUCUCCUGUUGGCCACCACCAGGACUGGAUCCUCGUUUGUAGGCGAGUUUUUCAACCAGCAAGGUGACAACAUGUUUUACCUAUUCGAGCCUCUGUGGCAUGUGGAGAAGAUGUUGACAUUGGACACUGGAGGUACUAAUGCUACUGCGUCGGCCAAGGCAUACCGUGACGUUCUCCAGCAACUUUUUCUGUGCGACUUCUCCCUGCUGGAAAGAUUCAUUGACCCGCUCCCUGUGAACCACAUAACCACUAGCCUCUUUCGCAGGGAGUCCAGCAGCUUUCUGUGUGAGGAGUCCGUCUGCAGCCCUGUUGUGAAAGGUGUUUUUGAGCGGUACCGCUGCAAGACGAGACGCUGUGGGCCACUGAAUCUGACCAUGGCGUCAGAGUCCUGCCUUAAGAAGGAUCACAAAGUCAUCAAGUCUGUAAGGGUUCGGCAGCUUGAAAAUCUCCGUCCACUUGUUGAGGAUCCACGUCUUGAUAUCAGAUUCAUCCAGCUGGUUCGGGAUCCCCGGGCUGUGCUGGCCUCGCGAAUGGUUGCAUUUGCUGCCAAGUAUAAGAGCUGGAAGGAGUGGGCCCUGGGUGGGGACGGGCCCCUCAAUGAGGAUGAGGUGAAGAAGCUCAAAGGCAACUGCGACAAUAUCCGAAUGUCUGCAGAAGUCGGCCUCAGGCAACCCCCGUGGCUGCGUGGUCGGUACAUGUUGGUGCGAUAUGAGGACAUUGCUCGUUUUCCCAUGAGGAAGGCAACAGAGAUGUUCCGAUUUUCUGGAAUUCCUUUCACUCCUCAAGUGAAAGCCUGGAUCCUGAAGAACACCCAGGUUUCGAAGGAGAUUAGUGGGGUUUACUCUACCCAGAAGAAAUCCGCUGAACAAGUAGAGAAGUGGAGGUUCAGUCUACCAUUCAAGAUAGCUCAGGUUGUGCAGAGAGCUUGUGGGCCAACACUGAAGCUAUUUGGGUACAAAUUUGUGAGCAGUGAAAAGAUGCUAACAGACAAAUCCAUAAGUCUUAUUGAAGAUAAAGUCAUUAGGGCUUAAAAUAAUAAGUAGCACAAAAUGGAGGAAAAAGGACUGUUUUUGACUUUAUUUUCUUGAAGUGAGGUUCAAUGAAGUUAUUAUCAGUAAUAGUUUCCUUACCUGUAGUGGACUAAUGUCAUAUUCUAGUGAGUUUGCAGGAAGAGGGAUGGGGUAGAGUCAUUCAAACAGAUCACGUUUUAGAUCUUUUGGGUUAACCAUUGUCAGGAGACUGCUGUUAAAGUUGUAAAGUGUAGAUGGUUGGUGGUUAAUAUAAAAGCAUCAGAUGCAUUAGAUAGAACCACUUGUUAUUGAGGAUUUUAAAUUGCUAAGAUCAUAUAAAAUGAGUAACUCUGGGUAGCAAUUAGCCUUCCACUGUUCCUAUAGUUCAUAUAAUUUUCUGUUUAUUGAUGCUGCAUAUAACUUAUGGCAAUAUGACAUCAUUACAAGUAAGGGAACAUUAUUCUAUAUUUAUUUUUAUACUUAAUUUUUAUGUUUUUUAUUUUGUUUUUAUAUAAUAACUUUGCCGAACCUCACUUAAAAAAAUUUUAAAUAUUCCUUUAAAAUCUCUUUGCAUUGAUUAUAUUUAUUGCUAUCAGUUCUUGUAAAACAGAUAGUCUGUUUUAAUUUUUUUUUUUACAAUUUAACAUAGUUUGAGGUCAUUAUUUAUAACCGAACUUUAAAGCUCAAUAAAAUACAGGUUAGCUGUUUUUGCACUCCAAACUGCUGCAACCCAUUGUUUGCUUUUUGUUAGGAAAGACCAAAUUUUAUAGCUGUGGCUUUGUGAACAACAAUGAGCAGUUUAACUAAAACACUUCCGGAAACCGCCACUCAUUGUUUCUUGAGAAGUUUUUUUCCGCAGGAACAACAAAAAUUAUGAUCGCACCAAAGACACACAAAAAUUAAAUUCUGUUGUAUUACAGGAUCUUUUCAUGCAAUAGUUCGUCUUUUAAAUUUGGGUAGUAAUCUCUUGUGAAAAUGUGUCUAUUUGAUCUUUUGUCUAUACUGUCCGAAUCUGCUAAUUUUGCACCCUUGCAGAAGUUACUAUUUUACAAAUCUGUAUUUUGACUUUGUUGAAGAAACAUUUCGUCACCUUCCUAAAAUAAUGGCUUAUGUCUUUUUUUUUUUUUGCCAAAUGUAAUUUUGGCAAAAAAAUAAUCUCCCUUUUUAUUACCAAAAGAUGAUUUAGGGAAACACUCACCUUAUGGCAAAAGAAAAAAAAUAAAAAUACUUAGGCCAUAAGUUUAGAAAGGUGACAAUACUUUGCCAAAAGCUGUUCAAAAUGUUUGCUAGGUGGUAAAGAUCACCUGAAGCAGAGGUCGCUGCUCUACUGUAAGCUAACAUUCCAACUGCAGCUGGUUUGCGGGAUUGUUCAAGGUUUCUCGACAGGUCUCUGUCUGUUCACUCAGCUCUUUUGGCAGGCGCUGAUAAGAGGCCACAAUACCCUGACCUCUAUUUAUGUGCUGAUGCUUGCCUUUUGUCUUUUGCAAUAAAUCAACUUUUAAAUUAAA